GCCAGGUGGUGGACGGCCCUCGGUCCGAGGGUUUGUAUUGCAGCGGCCUCGGCCUUUACUUCCUCUGAGGAACAAUCACGAACGGGAUUCGACAGACACCACUAAUCUUUAAACAAAACCCAAAAAAUAUUUUAGGGAAAUAGCAUUUACGAAAGCAACAAGGAAUGAAAAGACACCGGGAAGUUGACCACGUCAAAGAUCACACGAGGUGUGUGUGUGUCUACGAAAUGCCUCUUUUGAAGAAGACUUGGGGUGCCCGAGACCUCCACUGAGUCCAAAUGGUAUUCAUGGCUUUUCCAAGAAAACUCGACAACAAAGAAAAAUUGUUUUGUCAUCAAGAACACACUUUAAAAAGAAAAGAAAAGCUUUUUGCUUUGUGGAAGAUAAACGAGCAGCAACCGGCCAAUGUAUCGACGUAUCUUUCACGAAGAUGUCCGUCGACUGAAUGAAGGAGGGGGCGUCGGAGAUGCCAGAAGAUGAGAUGCAAAAAGGCUGAAGAGGGAACACCGGGGGGGAAAAAAGGUCUCAAGGAACCUUCACUCUGCUUUACUGCGACUGACGAAAUGGAAGACGACAUGAAGGCGUCCUUUAAAAUCGAUUUCCGAGAAAGUAUUUGCACAUAAUUUCUCUCAAGCACUGCGCAGGAAUCAUCCUGCCAUGAGCCAUGAGAAAGAGUCUGAGCGAGCUUGAAGUUAAGUGUCAUGCACAGCACAACUAUUAACAUGCUGCUGCAACAACGUACCGCUAACACACUGUAUGACACUUUGUCUCCGACUAACCGUUGUCGUCUGAAUAUUUUGUUCUGCCCAAGUUGUGUGUCUGUGCGCGUGCCGCCCACUCCUGGGUGAUACUGCUUAUCGUGUUGUUUUAUGUUUAUUGUGACCAUAAAUCCUGUCGAAGUUCCAACCUGCCGUGGUGCUUUUGUCAGGAUUAAUAUUUACCUGUCCUGUUCCCCUUCUGUCACGUUGUUGCGUGUUUCAUCGCCCAAUCAGAGGGAGUUCAGCCGGACGACAAAGGUAUGCGAAGCAACAACAACAACAAACAAACAAAAAAAAGAAAAGAAAUCAAAUUGCACAAACGACUCACCUCCUGUAAGUGCAUGACUCCACGAUGGGUGAGUUGCAUGUCGUGAUGUGAUCUCCAUCACGCCUUGAAAGGUGCCAUCCGGAACGGAUGAUCCAACUUUCAGUGUCACAACGGAUGCAUUGUCAUUGUGACCGUUUGAAUAAACCUCCAUAUGAACACUAAGGCUGUCGCUAUCGGGCACUGCGGUUGAUUUCCAUGCGGCUGCUUCAUCUUGGAAUUUAAAAAGGAGAACAAUGUAUGUCGGCAAGGUUCGGUCUCAAGAAGGGAACUUGCUCGACAGGGACGUCCCCAAAGGAUGGGGUCGCUCCUAAAAUCAAGCUGAACUGACUGGCCACUUUGUUUGUUUGUUUGUUUGUAUUUUUUAUUCAGUCAAUCAAAUCAAAUACAAUACAAUAUUAUCCUAUAAAAAAUACAAAAGAGAGAGACUGAAAAUUUAUAGGUAGAAGCAAAAAAAUGCUUAUAAAUUCCUAUCCUCAAUUGAAAUCAAAAUAAAUCAGAAAAUUAAUAUAAAAUAAAGAAAAUUAAAAAAAGAAGAAAAAAAACAAUAAACAAGAUUUAAAAAAAAAUAUAUUUAUAUAUACUACCACAUACAUCUUCCAUAUUAAUCCGUUUUUAUUUACAUUUAUAAUUCUCAAGGAUUUUUUUAUAAAUAUCAGCUUUAACAGCCCCUUCAAAUCACAUAUAACUUGUAAGAUGAUGUUUAGAUGCAAACUGCAUGAAUGAGUAGAGUACAAGUACAACCUAUUUAAGGCAGUACUCUCAUUCUACGAUUACCAAAGCAAACUGACCUCCCUUAAAUUACACAUUAUAUAUUACUUCAUGUGAUUUUUAGCCUUUUUUCACACCUGACCCUUACGCUCUCCUCGGCUUCACCGUGAUGAAAAGAACUGUCACGGAUACAAAAUUGGAAUUUUUAUGACCCUCGCAGUUCAAAAGGUGAUCUACGAGAACCGUAUGCUGUCUAGUUAACACAGAACAUUGAGGUCUGGAGGUAAUCAGCUGGAAUGACCCCUGUGACCUCUGGGAGCCCUUUUGGCCUCACGCAACUCUCAAUACCUUUUGCUUUCUUGGCUUCCUUUCACUGCUGCUUUGGGGGAAACACAAGUAAACAACGCGCUUUAGGAUCAAAUCUCUGUUAACAUUGGCCAUGGAGGCAAAUACAUUAGAAAUAAUGAUAAAUCAGAAAAAUACUAGUUUACAUCUAUAGAACAAAAACUGGUAAAUUUAAAGAAAACCUGGAUUAUUUGUUGGAUCAAAAACAAAUGAAAAGAGUCCAUCAUUAUUUACGGCAUAUGCUUUUUUCCGGCUACAAAUAAGAUAGUUAAAUGUAAAAGAAAAACAAAAAGUCUUUAGAGCCAAUAAUGUAAAUGGUGAAAGCUGCACUGAUAAUAAAUGCACUAAUAAACACAACAUCACACAACAGCGGGCGAGUGGACACACACCAAACUUUUGGAGAGCUUAUCGUUCAUUCAUUUAUUUGUUUGACAAUACAAGCCCGCUGUAUUUAUAAAGCUGUUUUCAUUCACAGAGACAUUUUCAAAGUGCUUUCAAAAAGCCAUGCAAGACGUACCAUUUUAAAAUAGCCAGAAGCAGAUAAGAAAGAAAAGACGAGAGCACAAAGCAAUAAGUAGAGGAAAGUGCAGCACUCGGGUGUCGAAUCUAAGUUCAUAAUAUUCAGAGAGUUAGAAAACUGCAAUAUCUCCUGUGAGUUUGUUCCAGCUCUGUGGAGCGUUGUGUUGUGCUCCACAUACAUAUGGUUAAAGCGAAAAAAUUUAAAAUAAUUAUCAAAAAGGUGGGUGGCUGAAACCGCAAACAAAGGCGCCUUCCUUUAGAGGGGAUGCGUAUCCUGUUGAUAAGUCGUCCUCAUUAGACAUUAGCAAAUAAACAACUGCAACACACUUUGAAAAAAUAGUUAAAUACAAAAGUAAAGCAAGUAAAAAGUCCUCCAGUGCAACUGUGUUAGAAAACAGAUAAGAGCAGUCUGGCACUUUCCGCCACAGGCUUUUCAGACAAGGACUGAACGUAACACCCUCAGCUUGUGCAUGCUCAUCCUUAGCUCCGGCUGUCAAGAUCUCUUGAAAAACUACAAGAAUCUGGUGAUGUUUUGCAUCUAAUAUGACUUGCUUAAUAUAAUCAAACGCAGCAUUUACUAAGCAAAGUAAAUCAAAACAAAUCUGCUUAGGAGUUACUUAUUUCUGUCCCACAUUUAUGCCAAUUAUACGGCAUUAAUUUCUUUUUGCUCACUGACCCAUGAAAGCAAUGCCCAGCUGACACGCGCAGCUUUAAUCACUCUUCUUUAUUAAUAGGCUGAUCAAAACAAAUUGCUUUUAACGGCGUCAUCUUCACAGUUUCCACUUGUCAUGUGCAUUUCAACUCCAUUGCGCUUAAGACUGCAAGAUGCUGCAUCGCCCUGCUCAUCCCUUCAUACUUAAACAACAUAUUCUAUAGUAUAUAUAUUCUGCCUAUUACAGGUCUUUCAUGCCAAGAGAAAAGAUAAUUAAAGAUCCCCGGACCAGCUGAACCCCGCGUGAUCAGCAUUCAGUGAUGUCGCCCUCGAGACGUCUCUGGGCAUCAAGAAGAAGUCGAAAGUGCCCGGUGUCAUGAUAACGCAGUUCAUGGAGGAACUUCCAGAGGAAAUGACGACUCCAGAUUUCACCCGCAAACCCAUUGCUCUGACUAUUCAAGAGGGGAAAUAUGCCGUCUUUAAAGCCAUAAUCGUGGGCACCCCAACGCCUACCGUGACAUGGAGUAGAGCAAAGGGAGAAAUACAUUUUCACCCCGACCUGUGCCUGCAGAAGUACGACGAGUUGUCUCACAAACACACCAUCGAGAUUCCCAAGGUCACUCCAGAGGACGCCGACACCUACAAGUGUUUUGCCACAAAUGAAUAUGGAAAGGCUGUUUGCACCGUUGUCUUGAAUGUGAUUCAGGUUGGAUUCUCUAAAAGCAAGGAACUUCAAAAGAAUGCGGGUGAAGAUACAAAGGACCUCAGGAAAAAGCUUAAAGCACGCAAAGCUGACGGAACACGUGAGGAGAAGCAGAUGGAGCCGGUGGAGAAGGUCUGGGAGAUCCUCCUUAGUGCCGACAAGAAGGACUACGAGCGCAUCUGCUGCGAGUACGGCAUCAAGGACUUCCGCUACAUGCUGAAGAAACUCACUGAGAUGAAGAAAGAGAGGGAGGAAGACAUUGCGGAGUUCGUGACCCACAUCAGUACACUGAAACAUAUUGAAGUCAAUGAAGACAACUGUGCAACGAUUGAGUUGGACAUGGACCUCAAGGACCCGGCCAGCAAACUGUUCCUGUACAAGGACGGCGUCAUGAUUCCAUUCACCAUCGAAGAAAGCGAUUCAAUGAAGCAUAACCUGAAACGAGUCGGCAAGAAAUAUGUCUUCACGAUUAGAAAUCUAGGUUCAGAAGACGCCGGACUCUACUCGGUGGAUGUCGGGGGCAUCAAUGUGUUCUCCACAGAGUUUAAAGUGCCUGAAGUUGAUUUCGCUGUCAAAAUAAAAGAAGUGAAAGCAGAAGAACGAGAGGACGCCGUCUUUCAAUGUGUCCUGACUGCGCCGAUGAAUGAGCUCAAAUGGGUUUGCAAAAGCGCGCCCCUGUCAAAUAGCGAGAAAAUUCAAAUCACUGUAUCUGAAGAUAAGCUGAUCCACAAGUUGAUGGUGCGCGACUGCAUGCCUCUGGACGCCGGCAUCUACGCCGUCGUGGCAGGAAUCAAAUCCUGCAAUGCCUGGCUCAUAGUUGAAGCUGACAAGGAUCCUGCCAACAAGGGGAAGAAGGCAAUUCGCAAAACCACGAUGGCCGGAGGCGGCAAUGACGAAGAACUGAUGAAAAUAGCCAAAGAUCAACAGGAGAAAUAUCAGAAAGAAAUGGGAGAAAAAUUGGAAAUCGCCAACAAGGCUCAAGCCGAGCGGGAAGUGAACGAAGCGGCGGCCAAAGUGGAGGCCGAAGCGGCCAAAAAGGCGAAGGCUGCGGCGAAGGCAAAGAAGUUAGCGGCCGCCAAGGACGCAGCUGCCAGGAAGAGGAAGGAAGAUGGAGCCGCUGUUGGUAGUGGAGGCACUGGCGGAGCAGGUGGUGCCGGGGGCGCUGGGGCUCACGGUGGCAAAGGUGUAGGUGCUGCCGGUGCUGGGGGGGCAGGGGCUGAUGGAACUGAUGGUGGUGCCGGUGGAGGAGCAGAUGGAAUUGCAGCUGGAGCUAAGAGUGGAGCUGCAGCUGGAGGUGGAGCUGCAGCUGGAGGUGGAGCUGGAGGUGGAGCUGCAGCUGGAGGUGCAGCUGGAGGUGGAGGUGGAGCUGGAGGUGGAGCUGCAGCUGGAGGUGCAGCUGGAGGUGGAGGUGGAGCUGCAGCUGGAGGUGCAGCUGGAGGUGGAGCUGCAGCUGGAGGUGCAGCUGGAGGUGGAGGUGGAGCUGCAGCUGGAGGUGCAGCUGGAGGUGGAGCUGCAGCUGGAGGUGCAGCUGGAGCUGGAGCUGCAGCUGUAGGUGCAGCUGGAGGUGGAGCUGCAGCUGGAGGUGCAGCUGGAGGUGGAGCUGCAGCUGGAGGUGCAGCUGGAGCUGGAGCUGCAGCUGUAGGUGGAGCUGGAGGUGGAGCUGCAGCUGGAGGUGCAGCUGGAGGUGGAGCUGGAGGUGAUGGGGGUGAUGAUCUGGGAGAAGAAGACUACGAUUCAUUUGAAGAUUCUGAUGAAGAAUUUGAGGGAGAGGGAGAAGAAGAAGGAGCAGGAGAUGGUAAAGGAGCGGGAGAAGGAGGAGCGGGAGAAGGAGGAGCGGGAGAUGGAGGAGCGGGAGAAGGAGGAGCGGGAGAUGGAGAGGCAGAAGGAGGAGAAGGAGGGAGACGGAAGAAACGUGAAAGAGCUGGUCCUCUGGUUCCAGAUGCAGUGACAGAUCCAGGAGUUCACUUUCAUGCCGGGCUUUCUGACUGCAACGCCAUUAUUGGAGAAGCAGCAGAGCUGGAGUGUAAAGUGAGCAGGGAAGACUGUGUGGGACUGUGGUACAAAGACGGGGAAGAGAUUCAAUCAUCUGAGGGUAUGACCAUUUCCAAAGAUGGAACUUUCCACAGGCUGAAAAUUCACAAAGUCACAGAGGAAUAUGCUGGAAAGUAUAGAUUUGAAGCAGACGGACGGAAGACGGAGUCCUCGAUUGUUGUUGAAGAUCCACCCAGAUUUCCUGCUGAGGACCUGGAAGAAUUUAAAAAACCCAUAACAGUGAAAAAAGGACUCAAAGCUACCUUCAAACUACCUUUUGUUGGACGGGAACCUCUCAAAGUUCAGUGGUACCUUGAGGGUGAAGAGCUUUCGGAGGAAUCAAAUAUCAAGUUAGAUAACUCGGAGGGUUGCAGCCGUCUGCUCCUAACCAAGCUCCAGCGCAAGGACAGUGGGGAAAUCAAGCUAAAAAUCAAAAAUGAGUUUGGCACUGUUGAGGCCUUCACCCAGCUUAUUAUACUGGAUAAGCCCACUCCUCCAUUGGGACCUCUGGAGAUCGUGGAAGCCUCCUCCUCUGCACUGGAAUUCAAGUGGAGGUCCCCGAAAGACAACGGGGGCUGCAAGAUAGGCAACUACAUCCUUGAGCGACAACAAGUUGGCCGCAACACCUGGAAGAAAGUGGGGCCAAUUGGUCCAGAGGCCAAAUACAGGGACUGUGACGUAGAUCACGGCAGGAAGUACUGCUAUCGCAUCAGAGUGGAGACUGAGAUGGGCACCAGUGAGCUGAUGGAAACAGAGGACAUUCAAGCCGGAACAAAAGCAUACCCGGGACCUCCAUCAGCACCAAAGGUUGUAAGUGCCUUCAAGAACUGCAUCAACCUUUCUUGGUCUCCCCCAUCCAACACUGGAGGAACCAAUAUUCUGGGAUACAACAUUGAGAAACGCAAGAAGGGCAGCAACCUGUGGGGCCUCGUCAAUUCACCUGAUGAGAUGGCCAAAGGGAAGGAAUUUGGAGUUAAAGACGUGGUCGAGGGCGUGGAAUACGAAUUCCGUGUUUCAGCAAUCAACAACUCUGGAGCGGGUGAAUACAGUCCGCCAUCCGAGUUUGUGUUUGCCAGAGAUCCUAAAAAACCUCCUGGUAAAGUCAAAGAGUUCAAAGUGACAGAUUCCACCUACAAAACCCUGUCCCUGUCUUGGAUCAAACCCAAGGACAUUACGGGGGUUGAGGAUGAAGCCAAGGGAUAUUUUGUGGAGAUCCGGCCCGCGGAGAGCACGGAAUGGGACCGCUGCAAUUCAAACGCAAUAACCAUGACUUCUUAUACAGUGAAAGGCUUGAAGUCAAUGGGCAUGUACUGGGUGAGAGCCAUAGCGACUAAUGAUGGAGGAGAGGGAGAGUCACAGGAGCUGGAUAAUUACAUCCUCGCUACGCCCCCCCCUGUGAGGCCAAGAUUCACAGAUGCCAAAAUCAAGAGUUUCAUGGUGGUGAGAGCAGGAAAUUCUGCCCGAUUCAACAUUAACUUUGAGGCCUCUCCUUGGCCCGAUGUCAUCUGGCUGAAAGAUGGAGCCCCAGUUUCUAAAAAGGUGACCAUCAGCAAUACAGAGGGAACAUCCCAACUGCUGAUUCCUUCCGCUGAGCGCACAGAUACUGGCAUCUAUACCAUCAUUGUCAAGAACAUUGUUGCCCAGGAAUCAUUUAGCAUUGAAAUAAGAGUCACAGAUGAGCCAAAGCCACCAGGUCCUGUAGAGACUGACGAAAACGUGCCCGGCACAGUGACCGUUUCAUGGACCUCAUCACCAGAUGAGAAACGUGACGACAGGCUGCACUACAUGGUGACCAAGCGUGACUCAAGUAAAAGCACAUGGCAAACCAUUGCAGACCACAUCUUCAACAAUAGAUUCACAGUCUGCAACAUAAUGCCGGGCAGAGAAUACCAGUUCAGAGUCUAUGCAAAGAACGACAUGGGCUCCUCUGAGCACUCCGAAUCACCGAAAUGGCUGAUUCCUCGCAAAAAAGAAAAGUUCAUUGUGAACAUCCCAGAAACAAAGGCAUGUGAUCUACAGUGUCCUCCCAAGUUCCUUGUCCCACUGAAAUUGCACACUGCUCCUCAAGGGUAUGAAUGCUACAUGAGCUGUGCUAUCAAAGGGGAUCCAACACCUCAUGUCACCUGGCUCCGCAGCAAUAUCAGUCUGAAUACCAACACCAACUACUUCAUCUCCAACACCUGUGGAGUCUGCUCACUACUCAUAUUGAGGGUUGGCCCCAAAGACAGCGGGGAGUACACGAUUGUUGCAGAAAGCUCCAUGGGGAGGGCUGAGAGCUCCACUAAGCUGACAGUCAGAGAGUAAAUUAACACACUGAAGAUGGAAGAAUUUCUCUAAAAUGCUUAGAGAAACCAAUUAGUUGGCAAUUCACAUGUCAAAUGUAGAAUUAAUGAUUAUUAUAAUAUUGCCGUGAUACUUUCCUUGUAGCUCAUUAUCUACUUGACUAAUUCCCGUACAGGCUGCCAUUUAUUCAAAGUUAAACUCACAAUAAAGUCUUAGAGAUGCAAAUUGUGUUGAAAUAAAAGCCACAAGCUUGG